AUGCUAGACUCUCUCUCGAAAACUCCGCUUGAUGAUUCGGUUAACGACAUAAUGAAUUCCCAACCGUACAUCUCGGACGACUCGGACGAUGAAGAGCUCACGCUCUUGUACCCAGAUUCCGACCCGGAGUCUGACGCUGAAGUACAGCCCGAGUUGCACAUAAUACCACAACCAGAGCCUCUACAAUCUACCCCUGCCCCAACUGAGUCUACUGCUGUGCCAUUGUCACCGAUCCCCGCCAUCGUUGCGCCGGUCGCAAAAGUCGCGUCGGAAGUGUCACCGGCUAACCCGCCCGUGCUUGCACCACAACCUCCGUCUCGACCCUCUUCCUCCCUAAGCAGUCUCUCGGACGACGUGCCUCUCUCCCAGAUCAUUGCACCGCGGCCUUCGCAACCGCGAGCUCCCUCACCACCACCCAGGAAGCGCGCUCGGCUUGACGAAUCUGCUCUCACGCCACUCGAACUGCUUGUAACUCCGUCUGGCGCGCGCACUCUGGAGUUCAACGCCGCCUCAAACUCAUACUACGCAUCGACUCGGCAUUAUUCUGUGGAGAACAGUGCUAUAUCGAUACAUACGUCAGAUGGGUCUGCCGACCAUGUCCCGCCGCCAAACAAGGGCUACGAGGUUCUUAGUUUGGAUGACCACUCCAACAGAGACUGGCGAAAAAAGAUCGGAGAAUUGAUUGCGGGUGGAGUAUUUGGCAAGGCUAAUCAGCUUCCCGAAAGGUCGGAUGAGCCAGUUUGGACUCUGAAGGACUUUCCCCCGGGCUAUGUGCUUUGGCGUCGCACUCAGAGUCGAGUGCCGACGUCGAGCAACCCGCAGACCACGCGUGUGGACAUAUACCUAUACGGCUCAAGACGCUUUGCGUCGCCUGCGGAAUAUGCACCUCAUGCCAUGUGGCUCAUGCGCGGCGCGCCAGCCGGUAAAUGCGCGUGCAAGUAUUGUUCGCAAGAAGGUCAAAGAACGAUCACAGCCGUGAUGGAAGACGCUGUUAUAGCCGCGCGCACCGCGCCGUCGGCUCGACGCUCCAAGUCUUUUGUCCCGCCCUCGCCCAAGAAGCCUACACCGGUCAGCCCGGUCAAGCAUGUAGUCGUCCCCCCUCGUCCACUACCUGUGUUCCCGGCGAGCACUGCCCCGCCGAGGCUCGUUGCUGACGACGCCGAGUUCCUUCGCGCGCUGAAACGACGACGAGACGAUUCUUCCGACUCGGAGGAGGCAGCGCGACCCCGGCCGUCAGCUCCCAAAGUGGAGAUAGACGAGCUUUUUGGGGAUAUGUUGUGA